UUGUAUGCAAGGAUUUUUAUUACGGUUCGUAAAAACAUUGAGAAGCUGUUAAUUCACACUUGCCCGACAUGUUUAUUUUGUAGAUUACAGUAUUUACGGUAUUUUAGCAUUAAGCCUUUAAGAUCAAUAAGUUAUGCUCAGGCUUUCAAGUCUUUCCAGGCAUGAAUGUGAUCUUAGCUUCAUUAGAUAUAGUUUGGGGGAUGUAACCUGAUCCGAGCAUUUUUCUCUCGAGAGAAAAAUGUUGGUUAAUUGCAACUGCAUCAACCCAAUCACUCCUCACAUCACUCACUGUAUGCAACCAUUGAUUAUAGUCAUACAAAAGUACUAUAUGGCAACAUCAAUCUAUCCUUUUUUCACCUCCAGUUUUCUCUAACAUUGCAUUGGAUACCUGGGUAGGUGGUCUUUGUCCAACCACACAUCUCCCAACUACCAUGGUGAUUUAUAAUCUCAUCAGUUGACUCGGGUUUUUAUCGAGCAACCUGCCUUUAACUUAUUCGUUAGUUGCGCUCAACUUCAUCAAUGUUUUGAAGACCCACGUUUUCAUCAUUUAUGUGCAAUAUUUCACAGCUGUAAUUUGUAACAGAGUGGAUCGUACUCACCUCUUUGUUUGAUAGGGAUCUCACUUUCACUAACGAUGGCUAAGGUUGUUAAAAACUAAGUGGAUUUUUUAUUUCGAUCGUGGUUUCGCUAGCUUUCGGAGUGUUAGGGUUUCCAAGACAACUGAAGUGAUCGGAGCACUUAACUACUGCAGUCGGCCGAAAAAUAGUAUCUACUUAAGUUAAUUACUAAAGGUAAUAAGUGACUUGUAAUAUGUCAGCGAAGUGUUGAAUGUCUCCUGCAAACUAGUUGGUGAUAUAUGUCAGUCAACCGCGUGUUUGUUUUAGCCGAUAACGCCAGUAUAGCAUUCAUACUACUAAUAAUAGUGAUGUGAACAUGUUUUCGGUUACCUCCCAAUUGUUUUAAGGUACUAUACUCUUGAUUUUUAAUCGCUAUGUUGUUUAUGAUAUGUUUCCCUUUUUUCCUUUCACUUUUUCAAAGAUGGCUAUUAUAAUUCCGAGAACAGGGUCACAUCUUACACUAUUUACUCGCUGUUUGUGCAGCAAUUUUCGUAGAUGCUCUUCCGUCAGCAAUACAUAUCUACCUGCUCCAAGGACUCAGAUUUAUUCCCAUUUUGAACAAGUGUCUCAAAUGUCAUCAGUUAUUGGCAAAUUUACAACCUAUUCUGAAAACGAGUUUUCCCUUUUCAUAGAACCAUUUCUCAAAGUCGAGUUAGUAGAGGAACUUAAAACCUUUGGUGAUCUAUCACUUUUAAUUCGGAAACCAACAAUUGACAUGAUUAAGGACGUAAUUAACAUUCGAGAUUUGCAGAAAGAAAGUUUCAAAAAAGAACCUGACUCCUCUAAAUUCGUCGCACUAGCUAAAUACUGUGUUCCACGCUUUGUACUUUAUGGUCAACCGGGGACUGGUGUUUCAGUCAUGUUGGGACAAAUUACGUGUUUCGCCGGUAGAGAAAAAUGGCUUAUAUUUCCGUUCACCAGUUGUGAAAAUUUACUGGAACCAUCAAAUGACAUUGCUCCUAGCAAUGAGUAUCACUAUAACCAACAUCGUGAGAAUUUUGCGGGUGAUGCUUUUGAUUUCCCAGCUCGUUCUGCUGAAUGGCUUAAAGUCUUUUUACAACUUAACCGACCUUUGUUUGAAAAGUUAAAACCAGUUGUAUCUCGACAAGUAGAAUGGACCAAAAAAGACGUAAUGCCAGAAGGAACAUCCUGGGUAGAUUUAAUAAAUUUUGGCAUCGCCAGGACCAAAUACGCAACGGAUUGUAUUGGAAUUUUAUUAAGAGAGAUGCGUCUACUAUCAUCUACGCCUGAUGGCCCUCCUUGUUUAUUGGUCAUCGAUGGUGUAAAUUUCCUGUGGUGUCGCGGUACUUUAUUAAAGGAUAAAACUCUUUCGGUUAAUGUUACUACCGACCGAUUGGCAAUUGUACAUCAUUUGAAACGUGCAUUGAGAGGAGACUGGCGUCAUGGUGUCAUAGUUACCUCUACAAAUAUUCGGGCGGCUUGGCCUACAGACAGAGAACAAUAUACUCCUGGUUAUCUAUUGGGAAAAUCCGGUUUCGAAUAUAUGGAUCCAUUCAUUCCUGUUCUCGUUGAAAAUUACACCCCAACAGAAAUUAAUGCCUUAUUAAGAUUUUAUGCAGAGAAUAAUUGGCUUACAAAUCCCGCCGCUUUUACACCAAAUGGGCAAGCUGAAUUAAUAUUUUUGUCUGAUUACAAUCCUCUAGAACUUAGCCGUUUGGCUGCUGAAUGGUAGACUAAUUGAAUCCUUAGAAUAUUAACUGAGUUGAAAAUUAUUAACCCAUUGUCUGUAUAUUUAAAAGACUAAAUAACACUAAUCUCUGUCCUCUUUUGAAUUGGGUAUUGUAAAUAUCAGUGAAAUAAUCCUUUAAAUCUUUUGUACAGUUUUAACUUUCUGAUAUUUAGUAAAAAAAAUAAAGUAUUU